UCAUAUUAAAUUGUGUAUUAAGUACCUGCAUACCUGCUUGCAUAUUGCUUAGGUUUUUUGGAAAAUAAUAGGAAAAAUAAUUUGUAAUAGUAAUAUUUUACGUACGCUCUCGUAUUUAUUUAAUAUUAAUUAAAUAUUGAAAUUAGAUUAAGAAAAUAUCGAAACGACUAUGGCUUUUUAUUGCUGUGGAAGAUUAAUUAACAAUUCAUUGCUAAGUAAGCUGUCUAAAUCCCGAUUAACUAUUGGGAAAGCAUACGCGCAAUCAGCUGCAGUACCUAAAAUAAUCAUUAAGAAGUAUGAAUUACCUGAAUCAGAAAAUUUUGAUGCAAGAAAUGCUCGUCUUCAAAGACCUUUAUCUCCUCAUUUAAGCAUCUACAAGAAACAGUUGACUAGCAUAUUAUCUAUUACCCACAGAAUUUCGGGUAUAAUGUUAUCAGGAUAUAUAACCGCACUUGGUGUUGGAGCACUAGUAUUGCCAAAUGAUGUAGCUCAUUAUAUUACAAUGAUUGAAGGUUUGAAUCUCUCACCAGCCACUUUGUUUCUUUUAAAGGCUGCCCUUGCUGCACCAAUUGGUUACCAUACGGCUAAUGGAAUUAGACAUCUGUACUGGGAUAUGGCUAAAGGAUUAACAAUUAGGGAAGUAUAUUCAACAGGUUAUGCUAUGUUGGCAGGAACUGUUGCUAUCACCUUCUUUUUAGCAGCUUUGUAAUAAGUAAGACUAGAUUGUUUGAGUAUUAUUUAUUGUUUUUAAAUGAUAGAAUUUAUUCAUCAGACUUAUUCUAUAGAACAUUUAAAAAGAAACAUAUAAUAAUUUGAAUAUGUCUGCAGUAUCAUUGUUAAGUAGUAACAAUUCUUGUAUUAUUUAUUGUUUUAUUAAGUGAUGAAAUAAAUUUUAUAAAUUAGA